AUGUCGACAUUGUCCCGAACCCGCUCUCUCAUUCCACGUCAGGCACACCUUAACCUGCCUCGUCUCACUGGCCAGGCACGUCUUUAUACCAAUACCACAUCCAGGGCAGCACCGACCAAACAUGCGGUGGUCUCAACAUUCGAUCUCUUUUCCAUCGGUAUUGGACCCAGUUCAAGUCACACAGUCGGACCCAUGCGCGCAGCAAAGAUCUUUGUGACCGAUCUGAAGGACCACAGCGUGCUCGACAAGGUCGCUUCCCUUCGAAUUGAUCUCUUUGGAUCCCUGGCCCUGACGGGCAUUGGCCACGGUACCCCAGACUCUAUUCUCAUGGGAAUGGAGGGAGAAUCACCCGAGUCCGUAGAGACAUCAACCAUCCAGGCACGCCUGAAGGCCAUUGACGAGCAAAAGGCCCUGACCCUGGACUCGACCAACCGCAUCAAAUUCGACCCGGCCAAGGAUCUGGUCUUCCAUUAUUUUGAAUCGCUCCCCCAGCACCCGAACGGCAUGCGCUUCUGCGCCUUCAACGACCAGGGCGACCUCCUGGCUACGAACGAGUACUUCUCCAUCGGAGGAGGCUUCGUCGUUAACGAACGUACACAGCUCGCACACGGAGAGAACGUCUUCUACAAGAACGAGCAGGAUAAGCAGACCAAGGCCAAUAAGGUCGUCCCCCAGACCCGUCGGAGCCAGGAUCUCGCCACCGCAGCGUUGCCGUUUACGAAUGCAACAGAGCUUUUGGAGUUGUGUCAGCGCGAGAACAUGACGAUUGCUCAGGUCGUGCUCGAGAACGAACUGCGUUGGCGGUCGAUGGAGGAGAUCAAGGAGAAGACCUUUGCGAUCUGGAACACGAUGGAUAACGCUAUCAAGAACGGAUGUCUCUCAAGCGAAGAGAUGCUCCCCGGUCGACUGCGCGUUCGUCGCCGUGCGCCCGGACUGUACAAGAAGCUGUUGAAGGGUCUCUAUACGACGACGCCGCUUUACAAGGACACCAGCGUCUCUGCAGGCGGUAAGGGUGGGUUGCUGGGAACGGGUUCUGGAUUGACGAACCAGACGUCUGAACGCGGGAUCGAUAAGGUCCUGCCGAAACGUGCGGUCAAACGUCUGAUGUUGCCUGCGCUCGAUUACCUGAGUGUCUACGCCAUCGCGGUCAAUGAGGAGAACGCCGCAGGAGGACGCGUUGUGACGGCGCCGACCAAUGGUGCUGCGGGUGUCAUCCCUGCGGUACUGAAGUACUACCUCGAGUUCAUCUCUGACAACCCGGAACAGGACAUUAUGGAGUUCAUCCUUACGACGGCCGCAAUCGGCAUGUUGUACAAGCGAGGCGCGUCUAUUUCUGCAGCGGAGAUGGGAUGUCAGGGAGAGGUCGGUGUGGCCUGCUCGAUGGCCUCGGCUGGGUUCGCGGCUGUGAUGGGAGGCACGGUCCAGCAGGUCGAGAAUGCGGCUGAGAUUGGGAUGGAGCAUAACUUGGGCUUGACCUGUGAUCCUAUCGAUGGACUGGUACAGAUUCCUUGUAUCGAACGAAACGCGCUGGGAGCCGUCAAGGCUGUUACGGCGGCCCAGUUGGCCCUGAACGGAGAUGGACAUCACCGUGUGACCUUGGACCAGGUCAUUGAGACGAUGCGUCAGACCGGAAAUGAUAUGCAGGCCAAGUACAAGGAAACCUCUCAGGGAGGACUCAGUGUUUGCGUCCCUGUGUGUUAAUCGAAGGAAGGAGAAAGAGAGACCACACCAAGUACCAUUUCAGCUCACCCACUCACCCACUCACCCA